AUGGGUGUCUUCAGUCGCUUCCUCAAGCUGACCACCGUUGGAGGUGCUGCUUCGGUUGGCGGUUUCUUCUGGUACACACGCAACGAUGUCUUCGUCCCACUACCUCUAUCUGAUCGCAUCUUCCAUUCCGCCCGGUUUAACGUCCUUAACCCUCUUCGAAACCCGACAACGCACGAUCUCUGUAUCCGCAAAGUCCCUUUGUCGGAAAUCGAUCCUACUCUCCUGGAAAAGAAGGGCAGGCUGGUUGAGGCCCUCUGCGCUGGUGUCUGGAGUGGCUGGGGAUACGCUUUCCAACGCGCCUAUCUCGCUCGUAAAUACCAAGGUCCUGAAACCGCCAAUCAUCUCUGGUCCCGCUCCGAACUGCGCUCCUCGAAUUACGAACCCGGCACCCUGAUCACCGACCACUUUGAAGUUAUCGAGAAGUUCCCCGAUCGCAUUGUUGUCCGCUGCGGUGACUCUCCGCGUAUCCGGGACGUACGCCCCUCCGACGGUCUAUUUGAGAUGUCUGUGGCCGUGAAGCCAGAUGAGGGUGUAGCAGAGUUUGGACUCAAGUCCUGUUUCUUUCAGGGUGCGGGCAAGGCUGAGGCGCAACCCAUGCCAUCGUAUAUUGUUUGGCUGCAUCAGCAGUAUACCAAGCUGUUGAUGGAGACGGCUAUCCGAAAUGUCAUGCGGUGA